GGCAGAAAUCCUUUUUUAGCACUUCAUAACCACCACCAUGUUUUAUCAUCAAUUUAUCUUGGCUAAGAAAGCCCCUUUGGCCAGAGUAUGGCUGGCAGCUCAUUGGGAGCGAAAGCUGAGCAAGGCUUUAGUUUCUGAGACAGAUCUCCCUUCUUCCGUUGAGAGUAUCAUCUCACCAAAAGUCAAGCUUGCCUUGCGAACGUCAGGCCAUCUUCUUCUUGGAGUUGUGAGAAUUUACUCCCGAAAGACAAAGUACCUAUUAGCUGAUUGCACUGAGGCGUUUGUCAAAAUUAAAAUGGCUUUUCGUCCAGGAGUGGUAGACCUGCCUGAAGAGGGCAGAGAGCUUGCAUUUGCUGCUGUUACUAUGCCAGAGGUUUUUACAGACCUUGAUAUGCCAUUGCCUGAACUCAAGUAAGUUUCUCUUGUUUUUUUUGGUUGCUAUUUUUAUUGCUUGUUUGUUUUUCCUGCAAAAAAGGCAGAUUCUAGAUAUUUACCCAUUUACACAAUUGUAAACACCCUUAUGGAAUCACAUUCCACUUAUGACAUCAACAGUUUGAAUCUUCAAGAUACAUGCUAUGUAACUAAAAUGCUCAACUUGUGCAGGGAGGAAGAGUUCUUUUGAAUCAUGUAUGAAUCUGAAUAGUUUCGCAAACAGACAAGAGAUACACACCCCAAAAAAUAAAACAAAUAAAAUUAUUCAACUUUGGCAGGAAAAUUUGAAUUGAGAAUGCAUUUUGAUACUACCCCUGUCUACCUUCUGUCUGGAAUAACAAAGGCUAGUGUCGUGCUUGACUUGUAAACAAUUUUUUGAGUAGUUUUGUUGGGUGGCAAUUAGCCAGUAAACAGCUUGACUAAAUUCAAACUGCAAUUUUUGGCAAAAUUUCUUGGUAAGAAUGGGUAAACCUCUAGUAGUCCAUAACUGCUUUAUUCCAUGGGCACUUGAGUUGUCUUUUUAUAGUCUAAAAGCCUCGAGAAGAAUGAGGUUGAGUAAAGUUGAGAUGCUAUCUGCCAUGGUUCACACAGGCCUGCAAUAUUCUUUGAAAAAGUGCUUGAUCCUUGAAAACCCCUUGAAUUUGAAGAAUUGGUGCUUGAAUUUUAUUGAAACUCCUUAAAUACAAUUGAGACUACUGCAAAAUAAGUUCAUUUUGACAUCAAAAGAUUGAAGGAACUGCUGAAAAACUCUCAAACAACGAAAAGCUCUCGAUAUUGGGACAAUUCAGUAUUUCUUAUUUAAGGUAUCUAAGCACCGCUCCUUCAAUAGGUAAGGGCCCAGGCAAAUCGUCAUAUAACUUAAUCAUUUAUUAAAACAAACAAGGAAUGGCCCCAAGCAAGGAAAAUGUGAAAGCUACUUUUCACAGGACUAGCUGGAAUUGAAGGUUUUUUUUAGUCCCAGGGUUGUCAAAAGUAGCCAGCUGCCAGCAAAAAUCGCCACCUACUUGGUUAGUAUCGGCUGGCUACUCUCUUUAGCAUUUCUUUACAAAUGGUGUUUUUUAAAUAAAAUAUCCCCCACACUGGCUGCUUACUUUGACAACUCAGCCGUCUACUUCAUAACUUUCUGACAACCCUUGUGCCUACAAUAAACAUACAUUCUGUAAAUAUUUUACUAUUGGUGACAACCUUGCCUGUACUGGAUAAUGCUAACCACCUGAUAAAUCACUAUCUAGUGGAUUGCUUUAUUUACCUUUUGACCAAGUGGGGCCUGUUGUUUACUCUGGUCUUUAAACAUAAAUAUCACAUGUACUUUUGGAUGACUGAUAAUACUGAAGAGGCAUUGAUUCCUUCAAGGUUUUCUGUUGGUGUUGCCUUAUCUUUCCUUGGAGGUGACAAGCUUUCAACAGCUUUGGCAGUUUUUGUUACAACCAAAGUUGAUUGCACUUAUUCAGUAAAUCAGCAAUACACCAUUUUCAAGGAGUGCAUUGGAAUUAUGUCGUGUUUAAUAAACGAGCAACAGUGUUUUAUUGGGUUUAAAAUCAUGAGCUGAAGGCAAGUGAUUUUAGACCCGAUAGAACAGGUGCUGCAAGUUUAUUGAAUGUCCUCAAAGACAUUUCUGGAAAAGCAUAUCUCAGUGGAGUUGAUAACAAGAAUGCUUUUGUGAAUGUCAGGAAUUAGCAGACGAAAAAAUAUUAAGUAUGAAUUAGGCAUGGAAGAAAAUUAAAUCUCACACAGGUUUAGAACUUUUCUUCUACAAAUGACACUAACCGAAGAGGACAUGGCGUCUUGUUCUAGAGCUUUUCAGAAGCCUAAAACUUCCGGGGAAGAGAGAAAGUGAAUCAAAAAUGCUCUCCCAAAGUCAACAUGUGCAAUGAAAAAGUAGUCUUUCUUUCUGGAAUGGCCAAAUGGUAGGAAAACAAAAAUCCAGUACUCCAGCCUUGUGUCUUCACAACUGACAAGGCUUGACUGCAAUGCUUGGACACUGCUUUAGCCAAUAUUACCGCUGAGUCACUGAACUUUUGGCUGAUUAAAUUUGUGAAAGAACAAAGUUUAAUUUUGUGCAAUAGUAAAUUUACUGCAUGUGUAAUUUUGAAAAAAACAUUAAAUAUUCACCCUCCAUUUGUUGUGUCAGUUGCGGUGCUGAUAAUUUUAAAAGUGGCUAAAUGUAAUUUAGGCAAAGUUAACCUCAAAGCAAUGCUGGUCAGCAGUUUCCCCAGCUAUACUAGGGGUGGCCCGAUGCCUCUAGCAGGGGCACCUCGUGACUUAUAUACACAGUUGCUUGCAGUUCUUCGCAAAGUGUUGUUGCAAUAGCUUGCUGUUUGCAUGGCAUUUUGUGCUUUGGUUUUUUCCCAUCCCUCCCUCCCUCUUGAGUUAUGGGCCAGGUAAGUAUUGGUUGGUAAGUAUUCCACCGAAUUGUUCGGUGUUACAGUGCCUGGUGGGGGCCACUUGCAGGGUUGCCAUGGAUGCCUCCUCCUCAUGCUUGAGCAUUGCCCGGCUCCACCAUUUUUGUAGGCACCAAUGCCCAAGCUCAUCUAUUGGUGAUAAGUUUAACAUAUUCAUAAGUCACGUGCAGUGACUUUAUAUCUGAUAAAACACCAUAUACUAAUAAGGAGAGGUUUUAUCAAUAUAAAGUCACUGCACAUGAUCUAUUAUUGACCAUUUGAUAGGUAAUGGGCUCAUGAAUUACUAAUGAGUUUAUGAAGUAAUCCUAAUUAAGGUAAUUUCUUUCUUGUCUUACAGUGAAGUUGAAAUUCAUGCCCAAUUCACUUUAAAUCAAGGUCGAAUUGAGGAAAUCACAAUGAAGGAAGACAUAAUCACCAACAACUUCAUUGGUGAUGAUGGGUUUGGAGACAUGUUUGAAGGAGAAAUGGAGCGAGAGUUGGCCAGAGGAGGAUCUGCUUUGGAAGAGCCCCUUUUUCAGGCAAAUGACACAUCCAAGUUAAUCACUAUUGAGGAUGCAGAACCAAAGACAAUCACUGAUUCAACUUUGGAGAGAAGCAAUCUAGGUAAAAUGUUUAAUUUAGUCUUGGUUUUAUUCUUUUAUGCAAUAGUAAAACUAUGCAAUGCAUUUUUCAAACUUAUUAGUACCAUUGGGGUCUGUUUGAUCACUGCUGUUUGGAAUUAAAUACUCCUUAUCAAUUUAGCCAAAAUGCUAUAUAUUAUUUCUUUGCUGAUGUAUGUCAGAUCAUUGUUGCAAUAGAAGCAAGCACCAUUGUCAUUAUAGCUGUUAGAAAUUUUGUGCUCUAUCCAGGAGAGGUAAUAUUAUACAAAUUUUAAAUAAUUAAAGUGAAAGAGCCCAAGUGUGUUUACAGGUCAUGAAAUGAUAUAUCAUCGUAUCAUAUUUUCCUUUUUACUCAACAGUGCAUACUUAGCUCUUAAACACUCUCAUAGCGACUACUUCUCGUAAGCAACCACUUUGUAAAUAACCACUUUGUUUCUCAGUCAAAUACUGUUUCAAAAACUCUCAUGUAAGUGACCACUAUUUAAAUUUCUUAAAUAAACAUGACCACAUUAUAAACCAGAAAUUUGACAUAGAGGCAGGUGACCUUUCUGCACCCACCCACUCCAUACACAGAGCUGUCAUUAAGGGUCGUAACCCUUAACACCUUACGACUUAGCUCACUGGAUGUUACAGGUGAUCAAAGUGGAAAGCUAAAGGUGGCACUAUAAAUUUUUGUGAGAUGUUACAGGUGAAUCUUCAUUUGCCACGGCUGCUUCAAAACUUUAUAACAGUCCUGGUACAUAUAUUUGAUGGCCUUAAGCUAGUAUUUUUUUGUAGCUAGGCUUGUGGAAUCUUUCCUUUGCUUCCCUGAUGGGCAAGUAAAUAAUAAGUUUACAAAAUUUAUGUUAGUUUUAUUAUUUUUAUUAUCAUCAUAGUGAAUAUGUUUUUAUGCUACAUGCAGUUCAUCCAAUUUUUGAAAGCCUCUUUUAAACCCCAUUUAAACGCGCUAAAAAAUCGGCAUGGCACUCCCAAUUUUCGACGUGUAAACGUAUCGGUCCCAAAUGUAAUGUGGCACCGGGGCUCAAAAUUUUAGGGGUGCCGACACUACCUCCUGGAGGUAGUCUCGGCACGGGUAAACGACGUACGCUGCCAAAAAUUUGGCAUGCCCUGCUGAUUUUUUUAGCACGUGAUUCAAAAUUCAUAUGAUUCAAAACAAGCUGCAUGUAACUAUAAUUUGGUGGCUAGCAGUGGUGCAUUGGCUCAGUGGUAUGAAAAAGUGUUUGUUUCUAUCCAGUUCGUCAUUGGUAUUGAUCAGCAAUGAACUUUUAUUUCUUUUUUAUCUUGGCUAGACACAGCACUUGAUGAACCUUUAAGAGAUGAUGGGUUUGGAGGCGAAGGUGUAGAUUUUCUCGCUGAUGGAUUUGGAGAUGAACUUGGAGGAGAUGCUCUUGUACCUGGUUUUGAUGAUCUACCAACCACAGUUGGUGUAGCAGAUGUUACUCUUGAGCCCGUGGAUACAAAGUUAAUUGAAGACAAGGAGAGUCCUGUGACCGAACCUGUUCAAGAACCAGGUAGGCCUCUACCUUUUCCACAGCAUUAGGGAGCUUAAGCAACUACGAGGACCUCAAAAUAAUAGGUUUAAUGAUCAAAACAACAGCUCUGCACUUGCAUCAUGCUUUUUAGUACAUUUCUUUGACGUCCACUGCACGACUAUGACGCGAAACCUCCUAAUUUGCCAUUUUAUGGAGGACGUGGACAUGUGACGAUGAAUUUUCUUUCCUCUUUUUUAACCUAAAUAAAAUCCUUAAGAAUUCAACUCCAGGAAAAGUCGCCUGCAUUUGACAUAUUGAGCGGGUCCAAAUAGACGCGAUUAAGUUUGAAAGAACGCAAAUUCAUUUUUUUACUGACAUUUUCACUGCCGUCGUCGUCAUCCUUGCUUAAGGUCCCUAAUGUCGUGAGGUGGUCUUUAUCCCAUUGCAUAGCCUCUUCUUGCCAUCUUCGUCAUCAGACAUCAGAGGCAGGAGAAAUGGAAUGUGUACAUACACAUGUGAGGUUCUCUAUGUACUCAUAACUAGACAGAAUAAUCAGAUAAUUUUACCUGCAAUAAGAUGUAUGUGGUAUAGUAGUUUAUUGUAGGGUUUUCACUUGGAUAAUUGGAGGUUGCCUGUUGAUUUAGAGUUAAGUAACCUUACCAACUGUAUCAAACAUAGCCAUGUUUAACAUGCAUAAACUAUUUUUAAUGCUUUAGUGUAACCAUAUGGACAAUCUACUGUUUUAAUCCUAAGUUAAGACUACUUUUUGUGCAAAAUUGGGUAUCACUAUACAUUUAUGAAAGCCCGAACCACUGCGCACAGUUCAGUCGAUCCUCAUACUAUACCGGUACAUUCAUUUUUAUUAACUCGUGGGUACGCGCGAGCGUACCACGAGUUAUUGCAGGGACUGAGAUAUGCAAAUGAGUCACUCACUCACUCGUAGUAGACGCACUUCGUAAUUAAUCGGGUCCGAACUCGAGAGCUCGAAGAUCUAUCGUUUCCAAAGAAGGACGCGCUCGCCGAAGUUCGGUAGCAGCAAAUUCCUCGCUGCGAGCGUGCAUCGUGCGCUACAGCACGGUUAGGAUAGAGGUCUUACCAAAUUUAAGACAGGCAGGAAUCUUUCAAAUUAGUACCAUUCAAAAGCCUUCGACCCGUCCAGGCGUUAAACUUGGCAAGAAGAUGAGCAUUUGCUCUUCGACUCCUUCAACUUCUACGCUGGCUUGAUCUCCUACCUUGUAGCACUGUAGUAGGUUAUGUGUAUGAAUGAAUUUAUGGCGGUCAGUAUAAAACACGGACUACGGACUGCGGACUGGGUAUAAAAUACGGACUAUAAAAUACGGACUGGUGAAAUGUAUGGUAUUUUCUUCUUAAGGACUCCUCAAGAUCACGAGGGGAAAAUGGAUGUGAGUUUGAGCAUUACCUUUUUAAAAUAACAGCGGAAAUCGAGAUAAGAAAACAUAAGCUAAUGUUUUGCGUCCUACUUGGCGAAGGAGUUGUGUCGGCUUUGUAUGAAAUGCGUUUACUUGUCAGUAGCCUGGUUUCAGUUAGCCUUAAUUUCAUCCCAUUGCUUCGAGUCGUUUUUAUGGCUCGAUCGUUUGCCGGCGGAAGUUCCAUGAAAAAGGUAUUAAAUAUGAGACUUUUCGCCAAAUCACGUGACCAUCCUCAAAGGCGUAGUGGCUACGUGAGGUCGGGUCAAACCGAAGGUACCGCGUUCAAAUCCCGCUAAUGACCUUCUUUUUCCCUUCUUCCUUUUUUUUUUCUUUUUUGUUUCGUCUUGUUUGCUUAUUUGUUUUGCUGUUUGUUUUGUUUUGUUUUUAAAUAUAUACUUAAAUAACUGUUACUAAAGUGCAAUCAACAGCAAGAAAAGUAUUGUGUUUCCAGAACGAGGAUAGUAUAAUUAUUUAUAAUAUGAAUUUCUAUCAUUUUCUAAAAUUCACUGUGGGAAAACCAGAGGUGAUAACUAAUUGAUUAUUUUCUAAACAACGUACCCACGAGUUGACGAUAGUCUUUCUCUGAUUUGUCUUUCCUUGGGACAUCUGGAGCAAAAUAAACAAAUUGUUAAAGUACUGUGAAUAUGAACUCACCAAACGUUGCUUAGAGGGAAGACUCGAAGGUUUCAUUGUUUCUUAAGAUAAUGAAGCUAGCGAAUACCAAAUAGCUAAGAAAAGUUAUGAUUUUCAUCAUUGUUGUAGAUGGUUGCAUCAUCAUUAUUCAUGAGGUUGUCAUGUGCGAUUCUGACGACUUGAUUCUAAAAGUGUUAUAAGUUAUUGUUUCUUAAAAGAAAAGAGCCUUUACUUACAUGUAAGGCACCAGUUACAAAACGAAAGAGGUCUUCAUACGUUCAAAUUACUAUUAUUACUGUGAAAAGCCAGUCUGCAUGAGACGUACAGUCACACAGUUUGCAUGUGAAAGUGUUGGACUUUGCUCCUUUUGUGGUCCGUACAUGAGAGAAUUUGAGUUUUCACACAGUAAUCCAGUAAGCAGGAUUAUAAAAAUAUCUUAUGCACACAAUUUGCAAGUGAACAAGUUGGACUUUUUCCUUUUAUGAUUCGUACGCAAAAGAACACAAAUUCUUUACUCUAGAAGAUUUGCUCAAAUGAUUUUAAGAAAUCACCUCAGCUUUACAACGUCUGCUAUUAAAUUAUGCUUCAUGCAAUGUUAAGGAUGAAAGUUUAACAUUUAUUUACUUCCAACAAAAUUAUCAAACUGCUGAUAUAUAUUUCUAUUCAUAUCAUGUUAUUGCACUCAAUAAAACAAUAUCUAAUUUUUUUGUCAACCAGCUUCUUCCAAUUUUAUUCCCUAAUGCUAUUGUUUUAUGAAGUUAUGCAUCUCUACUAAAUAAAAUACACUUCAGUAACUGCAAUGAGUCUUAAGCAGCAAGCACGUAUCAUGUUAUUCCCUUAAUACAUGUUUUUUUGCCGAAACGAAAAAGGUCUGUUAAACUUUGAAAGCGAGAGAAUAAAGCUUGUUUACAGGAUUAACUUACUCAGUACAGCUUUCAAACAAAAUAAGCUGCCUUUCAGACUUCUAAAACCACAAGUUAUAGGCCAUAUACUUCCGAUUUAAAGUCCAUAUUCAAAUAUCAAUUAUUGUUUCUUUGGAAGAUCUUUGAAAAAUAUAUGAUCUUUUAUACUCUACCUUAAAGCAGGUGAAACAGAGCUCAUAAAUAUGAAGUACGUGCAUCAUACCAUCGGCAUGGCCGAAUUAGGUCAGAAAUGUAUUGAAGCAGCAUUGACACUAAAAUAUGAACCCUUAAACAGCUGCAUAACUGUACUCGGCGUUUGAAUUCAUCCGAUUACUUCGAGUCAUUAUUACUCCCUCAGUAACGUCUGAAUCCACCUGCCGUUAAUGCCAUCCAGUGACAUGACUCACUACCCGAAAACCGGGUAGUGAUUUUGAUUGAUUGAUUGUUGAAACAUUCGCAUAAUUAUGUAUAAUUACAUUUGUAUGAAAAAUUUUAGUGGGAUUGUCGCUUGAUAUUCAGCAGAUCGCAUCCCUGGCAUUCUUUCGUGUAGUUCAAACAUUUUGAUAAGCUUAAUCUUUAUCUUAAACAGCAAAAUUGCCCUUGUCUUUGAAACUGAAAUGCUAAAGUGAACUGCAAAUGAAGAAUCAUUGCGGAGAGUCAGUAGAUUUUUCAUUUAGAGCCGCUUUGUUUUCACAGUCAAGUAUAAUGAUUCUGUUAGCUUUUCUUUCUUGUUUCCUUGUUUUUUUCUUCAUUAAGGACCAAGUAGCUUCUUUUCAAUUAAAGCAAAUCAUUGUGUUUUUGAACUAGGUGUUCCAUGUGUGUGUUUAUUUCAUUGCGUGAUUGCGACCGAGUUUGAUCAUAGAAUUCAGUACAAUCAGUUCAGAGUUGUACUGCAUACAGUUGAUAGUUUGAAUGCUAAACAUGAAUUACGAAAAAAAAAAAAAAAAAAACUAAUUCUGUAUCAUGCAGACAUUUCCAAUUGAUAUUUCUCGGUUUGCCACUUGAAAACGGUGUUUUACUUUUUGCAUGAAUUAAAGCAAAGGUCAAGGAGUAGUGACGUCACUGGAAUGUAAUACAAUUACAUAUUAGACAUAAUUAUGGAAAUGUUUAGACAAUCAACCAAUCAAAAUCACUACCCGGUUUUCGGGUAGUGAGUGAUGUCACUGGAUGGCAUUAACGGGCGGUCGAUUCAGACCUUACUGAGGGAGUAAUAACGACUCGAAGUAAUCAGAUGAAAUUCAGGCUAAACACCUUUAGUUGUAAUAAAACACAAAAAAAUUGUGAAGAAUCAAGAUGGCAGUCUCAAAGUGCCUUUGUUUGACCUUUAGCAAUGUCGUGUUUAGAUGCCAAAAUCUCAUUGGUUCCUAAGCAUCAACUCAUAGUACCUUCAACCUUAUUAGCCCCUGCAACAGUCAUCUGAAUACACAAAGCCACAAAGAUACAUACACUCAAACCACUGACAUAUGAGCUAUUUUUUCACAAUAGCUCAACAAGGUUUGGAAUAAUCUUUCUUUAUUAGCUCAGUUUUUUACCAUCUCCUCUGAGUGCAGUAGCAGGGUGCAAAGAAAAUUAUUUUUAAAGCUUGCCAUUCGGGUAAGCUCAAGCUAGCAUUUACAAGCCCACACGUCAUUUCAACUAGCCCCAAAAACUUUUUGACUAGCAGAAUUGAUUUCACAGUUGUUCUGUUAUUCGAAUUCCUAAAAAAAACAUCACUUGCCCACCAGGCAAGUUAAAAACAGAAUUCACUAGCCCGAUAGCAAAAUGCACUAGCCCUGGGCUAGCAGACACUACUUUCUUUGCUCGCUGAGUAGCCAACACUUGUGGUUGGCAGUUGGUGCUUACUGUAAGCACUGUUUUACAUAUAUUAACCUUAUUUACUCUUUAAAUAAUACAGCUGGCAGCUUACUGUAGGUUGUAAAUUGGGGUGCAAAGAAAAUCAUUUUUACAGCUUGCCAUUCAGGCAAGCUGAAGCUAGCAUUUACUAGCCCAGACGUCAUUUCAACCAGCCCCAAAAACUUCUGACUAGUAGAAUUGAUUUCACAGUUCUUCUGUUAUUAGAAUUCCUCAAAAAACAUCACUUGCCUGUCUGGCAAGUUAAAACAGAAUUCACUAGCCUGAUAGAAAAAUCCACUGGCCCUUGGCUAUCAGACACUACUUUCUUUGCAUGCUGUGACUGUUCUCUUCUCAGCUUGCCUCCAUUACAUUUUCAAAACUACAUGACAAAUUGAUUCCCACAAUCUAAGGACUUGGGCUUACAAUAGAGAGGAGAAGUCGUUACGUCAUGUUGCCAUGGCAGCAAAAUUUCUGGAUGACAACAAACUGAAAACAUCACUUAAAAACUGAAUUCACACUUAAAAUUCAUUGAUCUUAUUCAAUUUCAUUUAAUUUGUCAAAUGUUGGUGAAAUUUUCUGUGGUUGAUUCCAAAAGUACUAUAAUUAAGUUUAGAAACAGAAAAAGAAAACUUUUGUGUUGUGUUCACCUUUUCCAUAAAGCAGGCGCAUGAAAUUAGGAGUUUUCAUGUCGCAGUCGUGUAACGAUGGCAAAGAAAUGAACAAAAAAGCAUGAUGCACGUGCAAAGUUGUCGUUUUGCUAAUAUAAAUAUAUUUCCUUUUUGCUGUUCUCAGUGCCGCCGCCGUUAUCGUUGCUAAGCUCCCUAUUGUUGUUAUCCAGAAAUUUUGCUACCAUGGUAACGAGACGUCACACUUCUCCUCUCUAUUCAUUUUCUCCAAGGCCACUUCCUGUUGUAGGGAAAUGUAGUUUUCACCACCAAGGUGCUAUGCUGUGGAACAGGCUUCCUGCUCAAACAAAAAAAUUCAGAACACUAUGAAUGCCUUUAAAGAAUCCUGCCAGCAAGUUAAAAUUUUUUCUAGGUUUUCUCUUUUAUAUGUUUUGUAAUAACAUUGUACAUAAUAAUAAAUGCUCUAUAAUUUUUAGUAUUAUUUUAUUCAUACUGGGAGUUAAAUGUAUAAUACACAGCUCGAAGAAAGAGCAUAUUAUCUUAUUUGUAAAUAUAAAUUGAUACGAAGAUAAAAUUAAGCCUUUGUAUAUGUGUAUGUAUGUACCUUAUUUACUUUAAAAGAUGUUUUAAUUCCGAGAACUGUUUGUGGUAGAAUAAUUUUUACUUAAUAUCCAAACGGACUAACUUGUUAAUUCAACAGGUGUGAAUGAGACUGCCAAUGAAACCACAUUGCUACACAAUGAAGCAGAGGCAUUUGUUCUUGAGCCAGUGGAAGUUGUUCAAAAAAAGAAACGGAGCAGGCGGAAGAGAAAGCUAGUGGUUGAUGAGGAAAAAAUUUUAGCCACAGAAUCCAUCAAGUCUCAACUUGCUGACAGUUCAGACAUUGUGAAGCCUGCAACUCUUGCUCCUCCCACAAAACAAAGAAUGAAGCUCAAAAGCGUUUCAACUGCUGAAAAGCUUUUUGCCAUGCCAAAUGUUGAGGCCUUUGCAUCGCCUGUUAUUGAUGCUUUUAGAGUUAAUCUUACAAAGGUUGUGAACAGCGAAAAUGUUGAGACAGAGGAAAAAAUGGAUGUUGAUGAAGAACCAGAAUUGCCAAGAGAGGAAGAGGAGGUGUCUGGUGUUUUUGAACGAAGUAUUAAUCAGUCCAAAGUUUCUUUUGCCAAUGAGGAGACCAAUUUAACUGUUGUCCCCGGGGAGCCAAUUGACCAGGCUAUUGAUGACUAUGAACGUCCCGUGGAAGAAGAAGAACCAUUUUUAGCCGGGGAAGUUGAAGAUAUUUACCCAACCAACAAAGAUGAAUUGGAAGAAAUUGAGCUGCAACCAGAAUCAACAGCUUCCGAAGGAAAUGAUGAGCAACAAAGCUCUGAUACCAGUGAACAAUUAGAAAACAGACGGUGGACAAAGCGCACUCAACAGCUACUUCACACUUUAAAGAGAGAGUUCCAGAAAAAAAAUGUUGUUAAUUUUGGAAACUUGGUUCACAAGAGUAGCAGAAAGCAAGCGGCAUACAAAUUUUACAGUUGUUUAUUGCUCAGCAAGGAAGGAAAUGUUGAAAUAGAACAGAAAAAACCAUUUGGGGACAUAAAAAUUUCAAAGGGAGAAAGCUUUGAUGUCGUCUGUUAAGCUGAACCGCCCAAGGGAGGCAUGCUGCCUCAUUAGGAAAGUAUUUUAUUUUACUACAUUCUCGACAUUUACAUACAUGUGUACGUUUCCAAUAUUAACUUUGUGAUCCCCAAAUUAUUAAAGGAGGAGCUUCAUUGCACUGUAGAUUUAAGCAAAAUAAGCAACUCAGUUAUGAAUGUUAGUUGUUGUAUAAAAGACAUUUCAUCUUUAUCCAAUCUUUAAAACGUUUAAAAAUUACAUUGUAUAUAUUUUUGUGGCCUCUUUGAUUACAGAAGGUUUCUAGUGUUUGGAAAUACAUGUAUCUUUGUAAUUUUGUUUUUUAAUCAAGUAACUUCUCAUGAGAGGUGGCCAUGACAAACAGUGCAGUAGAUUGAAGAGAUUCUGAAGUCUUCAGUAACAAUCUCUGUUAGAUAGAUUACUAUUUUAGGCAGCCAGGGACGAAAAAGCGAUUACUAAACUGAAGAACCUAGAUUAUCUUAACCAGCGAUCGGGCGGGCGGACCUUUUUCCAUUUUUUUUCCUCUCCUGUAUGCCGAAGUUCGCGCUUCCUCGGAAAAAAGAAGAGCGCCCGAUCGCAGUUCACGAUUAUCUGUGAAAAGGAUAAAUGGUCCAGAUAAUCGAACGACAACAACGACGAUCUUUUAUUUCAGUUUCAUUUUUGAAAUAUGAAAGAGCCAUAAAGAGCGAAAUAUGAUUACUGAUGACAUCACAUAUCCUUCAUAUGAGAGUUUCCCACAGGAGGAGGAAGGUAUUUCUAGUCACCGUGUAAAAAUUAAUGCCCGUUCUUCCUUUAAAAUACCUCAUAACGAAUGUUUUGCACCACAUCAAUUUUCGCGAUGUUAGAAUGUUCCAUUUUUAGUCAACACUUACUUUUAGUAUUUAAACAGACUUUUUAAUUUCACCACUCUCCGAUUCGUGUUGAGUGUAAAAACCAUAAAAAAGGAUUGCUGCAAAAGUCUUUUGUUAUAAGGUAUCCUGUUAAGAGGCAGCUUGAAAGCAGUUGAUGUAUCGCGUUCAAAUCUCUUUACACGAAGUUUUGAUAUUUUUACUUCGUUUCAGGUUUUCCGUAGUUAAAAGAGCGUAUUUAUUUUGAAAUCUGUUUCUAUGUCAAAACAAAACUCUUAUUACUCUUAGAACUACUACUGGCCUCGUUCCCUGGAAAGAUGACUAAGCCUAACCCUGGUUUAAGCUAGAUUUAAAGUUUUCUUGUCUUGGAGCUUCUGAGAUAUUUUUUAGCCUUUAUUGUGAGUUUUACUGUAUUUAUUAUAACACAGAAUUAAACUCUUUAUUAGCUAUACAAAUGUAAAUACAUUUAAUGGGUUAAAACUUUUUAUCCCGAAUAUGUUCUAAUUCGCUGUCCAGGAGCUGAUCGCAGAUCUGUACUUUUUUCAAAAUUACCACAUUGUAAAUACUUGCAUUACCAUGUUUAUAAUGUUAUUUGAUUUAUGCACACCAUAGUGCCCGCUAAAUUUGCACAGAUUUUAAUGAAAAAUUUUGUCCUCUCAGCUCAUUUCUUUCUUAAUGAUUUGUUGACUUCGAUUUCAAAUAAGUGAGUUUCCAUUCAUGGGAUCUAUAGUUUUUUCAAAUUUGUUAUUGAUACACAAAGGGAACUUUUAAAAUAGUAGACCUUCAUGUGAACGUAACGCAUCGCCUAGAGGAGGAGAUACAGCAGUGAAUUUGAACGCCCUUGCAUGUUUAAGUAGAGCGUCAAUCGUUUAUGAAGAAUUUUUUAUAGACCUUCAGAUGUCUACAAAAUCGUUAUAGUUCACUGGCUAAUAUAUUCCUUUAAAGCUAUUAAUUUCACUGGUUCCUAAUUUCAGAGAGUUAUUUCUGGUGUAAUAAAAGGCUUAUGUUUUCGAAACAAAUUAGGCUAUUUUUCUCUCCUUCGAAAAGGGAAAGGCGCGUGACGUAAGCCGCUCGUGUUUAACUUUUUGUAACAUACUGUAUUUUAACCCAUUCGCUCCUGGAGAUUUUGCCGAAAAACGCGUUUUGAAGCUAGUCGAGUGGUUUUCUGGUCACUGUCGUGCUAUAAAAAGCUAAAACUUACCACAAACCGGUUUACAGGUCGUACACUUGGCGGCCUUCUAAUCCAGAUGCAAAAUAUCAGCUUGCGAAGUUCGGGCAUGGGCAGAAAGCAAAAUUUUGGGUUUAAAAGUGACACAGCAGUCUUAACUUUUACUUUUCUCUUUCUCUGCUCCCUUCUUUUUUCGCUUUUCUUGCCUCAUUCUUUUUUUCUCUUGCUGGACAUUUAGUAGGCUUCAUUUUGGUGGGAAGAGUUUUUAGGAAAGCUUUUAGGAUCUUAGGAUUAGGUGAAAGGAAAGGUAGGUGGGUAAUGGAACAAGAUUUUCAUGGAGAUUUUCAGGUCCUUGUUACGUGGUUUUUUGCUUCUUUCUCCGGUGUCCUUGACUGAAUUGUGUUCAUUCUGGUAUGGUUUGAAAGAUCUCUUCACUCUGCACAAGUUAGCAAAGAAAGUUGUCCUUGACCGUUAAAACUGAUGACGUCAUAAAGGGUAGAAAGGUCCUGGAUCCGCACGGGCGCUUCAGGGGCGAAUGGGUUAAUGGUCGUUCUCGAAACAUUUAAAAUAGGCCAUUUACACGAUGGCGUCAUUUCACUACUAUGACCAGAAUCCUUUUCGUUUUUCUUUUCAUAUUUAAAUCUGGUAAUCCAAGCCAGAUUUAAAGGUCAAAUGAACCAAAAAUUCGACAUUUUUUAUUUUCGUUCAAUUCUAGUGAAAUAUGUUUAAUAUGAACCGAAUAAACAUACUAUGAAGUUUCAGCUCAAUUGAACCAAGCAUCUCCGAGAUAUUCGCAAUUAAAAAUUGUUAUUUUUUGGCCCUUAUCUUCGUAGAGCGGUCGGAAAAAUUGUCGGUAAAAACAGCUUGUGACGUUAAUGUUGGUCAGGUGAAAAAAAGCGGGAAAUUCAAAAAAGUGUUUUUCGAGUCGACUUGGCGCAGAAUUGUGGUGGUUUGUGCGGCUAUAAACCUAGAAAGAACAAGCAAUUUGUCUUCAAAAGUUGCAAGCUGUGGUUAUAACCUUAUUAUUUAAUUUUCUAUUAUUUUACACCAUAGUAAAACGGACUUUAACGACGGCAUUAAUUUCCUUGCGCUGUACUGGAAAUGUGCGUGCGUAGGUCCGAUAUUUUUCAAGAUGUAUUCACAAAAUGUGUUCAUAUAAGGAAGUUUCUGGAUAUGUAAGGUCCGGAGCUCCACUGUGGACACAAAAACAAAAUAUCUUUGUAUAGUGAUUUGCCCAAAGAAAUUCACGCCUGCCCACAAUGUGUUGUCAUUGAACUUUGUCGCACUCGAGCUGAUAUUUUAAAACCCACGCUCGAUCCGACACUUGUGCUUCGCAGAACACUAAAAUAUAAACAAAAUCCUCCAUGUAGAAGUUUUGGCGUUGAUAUGUGAGCAGUAAAAGAGUUAAUCUUUAUCUAGUAAAAUCUUCCCC